AUGUCAAGUAUUCUUAAUAAAUCACCAUCUCAUACUUGCAACAUGAUUGGAGAUGCGCAGGUGUUAAUUUGCUGUGCCAAUCUGCACACCACUACUCAAGUUUUGAAACCACUGCAAAUGAGGCUUCUAGACAAGACAAUCGCCCUUGAAAAGGAUAAAAGCGGUUCUCUUUCUCUUGUUCCGCAAGAUAAAGAAGACUUAUGGCAGCUUUAUAACCUUGUGCAAAAAGGUGACGUUGUUGAACUUUCAACUGUUCGAAAUGUCAAAAAGACUGAAGGUGGGAAAGCUGAACGUGUUCACGUUCGGUUGAAGUUGGCUGUCGAAAACGUUGAAUAUACUCCAAGUGACGAGGUGAUGAGGAUAAGAGGAAAAACAACGGAGCAGAGCGAAUAUGUCCCCAACCAGAGUUAUCAUACAGCAGAGGUACAACUAAACAAGCCACUUAAACUCAACAAACCCGAAUGGGAUGAGAUUAGCUAUGGAAUCGUCCUCGCAGCAUCUUCUGUUGAGAAGAAAGCUGAGGUCGGUGCUGUGGUUUUGCAAGAAGGUGUGGCACACUUAUGCUUGCUAACAGAUACGAUGACAGUUCUUCGAAAUAAAAUUGAAAAGGCAAUCCCUAGGAAAAGUAGGGGUGAUGCAGGUGGAAGUGCUCAUGAUAAGGCAAUGGCGAAGUUUCUUGAUAUGGUUCAGUCUACUGUGAGCCGCAACUUUGACUUGGAGAAGUUGAAAGUUGUAAUUCUAGCAUCUCCAGGUUUCACAGCAGGCGCAUUGCAAAAAGCAAUUUUCGAUGCCGCAAUAAAAGAAGACAAUAAGCUUAUAUUGAAAAACCGCUCCAAGUUCCUCGUGGUUCAUUCUUCUACUGGUUACCUUCAAGGUUUGGAAGAAGUGUUGAAAGAUCCUACUGUUCAGAAGAAUUUGAACGAUACCAAGUUUGCCCGUGAAGCAGCAGUGUUCGAAGAAUUUCAAAAAGUCUUGAACGAGGAUGAUGAUAGAGCUUGGUAUGGACCCAAGGAGGUUGCGAAAGCAGUUGAAAUGGGUGCUGUGAAGUAUUUAUUGCUCACCGAUUCACUUUUCCGAAGCGAUGACAUCUCUGAGAGGAAGCAUUAUAUCAGCUUGAGUGACGAGGUAAAGAACCAAGGUGGGGAAGUCUUCAUUUUUUCAACUUUGCACGAUUCGGGUGAACAGCUUGACCAGUUAACUGGAGCUGCUGUCUUACUCAAAUACCCAAUGGAUUUGUACGAAUCGGACGAGGAAUGA